AUGGAGUACGAAGACGUUUUGACAAACCAACCCGUAGUUAUUGAUAAUGGUUCUGGAGUUAUUAAGGCCGGGUUUGCUGGUGAUGAAAUUCCAAAGUGUUUUUUCCCAUCCUAUGUUGGAAGGCCAAAACACGUUCGUAUCAUGGCAGGUGCCGUUGAGGGGGAAGUUUUUAUUGGACGUAAGGCACAAGAGUUGCGAGGCCUUCUCAAAAUAAGAUAUCCCAUUGAACAUGGCAUUGUAUCUGAUUGGGAUGAUAUGGAGCGUAUAUGGAAAUAUAUUUAUGAAGAAGAACUAAAAAUUGCAUCAGAAGAACAUCCAGUGCUUUUGACUGAGGCACCACUAAACCCAAGAACUAAUAGAGAAUUGGCUGCCCAAAUGUUUUUCGAAACAUUCAAUGUUCCUGCCUUGUUUGCAUCAAUUCAAGCAGUGCUGAGUCUUUAUUCUUCUGGUAGAACUACUGGCAUUGUUCUUGACUCAGGUGAUGGUGUAACUCAUGCGGUCCCUGUUUAUGAAGGAUUUGCUCUUCCACACGCUAUUCGACGAGUUGACAUUGCUGGGAGGCAUGAAAAAACAUGCUAUAUUGCAAUAAAUCCAUCAAAAGAGGAGAAAGAUACUAGCGGAAAAGUCGAGGAAUUUACUUUACCUGAUGGUAACGUUGUUAAGUUGGGAACCGAAAGAUUUAAAGCGCCUGAAAUUUUAUUCAACCCUGAAUUGAUUGGACAAGAAUACGCUGGGAUUCACCAAGUUGUUGUUGAUUCGAUCAAUCGUGCUGAUCUUGAUUUAAGGAAGUCUCUGUUUGCCAAUGUUGUUUUAUCUGGUGGUUCAACGCUUUAUAAAGAUUUUGGUACAAGGUUGUUGAAUGAAGUGAGAAAAUUGGCUGUUAAAGAUAUCAAGAUCAAAAUAUUGGCACCACCAGAAAGAAAAUAUAGCACGUGGUUUGGUGGUUCUAUAUUAGCUGCCUUGAGUACAUUUAAAAAGAUGUGGGUCUCUGCAGAAGAAUAUCAAGAGGAUCCAGAGAUUAUUCAUAAGAAAAGUUUCUAG